UUUUAUAAGUUUGGCGUUAAAGGCCUAACUGUAAUGAUUGCAAAAUUCCGAUGUAGUUAACGUAAACGUUGUUAUUGUUAUUGUUUAACAACUACAUCUAAAAAUAUAUAAUUACAGGUUUAUAAAAUGGAAAUGUUUCCUGCGAUGGAGUUGGUUGUCAGCUCCUCGGAAAAGACUACUCAGGAGAAACAUGUGAACCGCCCUAAUAUACCACUAGACCACGCCUGUACAGUAUGUGGUGCUCCUGCCUCUGCCCACCACCACUACGGCGCGGUUGUGUGCUAUCCAUGCCGCGCUUUCUUCAGAAGAGGAACAACAAAAAACUUCCAGUGUAGAACUGGUAAGUUCUCCUGUCCGCUAGAGCAAGCAGUGAAGAACCGAUGUCGUGGGUGCAGGUAUGAAAAGUGUUUACAGGUUGGAAUGAAACCAGCAAUGGUUGAUGCAACUCUUGUCAAGAAAAAUAUAAACGGAGCAAAGAAGAAAGGAAAACGGUCUCACGAACUUCUUAUUGAAGGAGACAAUGAUCCUCUAGAUCUAUCUAGAGCCUCAGCUCUACCCACGGGGGAGGAGAUAUUCGAGGAUUCGUCGACACAACUUUUCUAUGUUUAUAAUCCUCCAACUCAGACUUACGAACCUGUUACUAUCAUCAGUCUCGGAGAUGACGGAGUACAAGGGUUCGAAGAACAUGUAAUACCUCACCACGCUGAGCUUAUGCCCCAUGAAUCCCAAGUUUUAGUAAAUAAUAUUCAUACUGACCAUGAAGAGAUUGUGCAGACGUGUGACCAGGUGGCCGGGGAGGUGAUCGUCUGCAACACCUACGACAGUGAAGUUGAACGUGAGGAGAUCGUAGACUGUAUCAAGGAGGAGUACGUUGGUCCUAGUAGACCAGAACACAACCAGUCCUAACAAAUUAUCUUUAACUGUACAAAAUUCAUCAUCUGUAAAUCCAAUAAAUUGUAAGCCUUGAUUCAAGGAAAAAAAUGUCCA